GCGCCCGUGAUCACAGAGCUCACCGGAAGUUCACUGACUAACCUGUCCAAAAGAGACAACAGAGUACGGCUUCGAGUAGCCAAUCUUAACGUUGAGAAAACAACCAUUUUAGCAUUUUUUAAGUCUAAAAUACAUUGCUAUCUACCAAACUAGUUUACGAAUUGCUUAAUCCCUGAAGUAUUUGGAGAAUGGGUAGGAGCAGGAGUCGAUCUCCCCCAAGACGAGAGAGAAGACGCUCCCGCUCAACUUCACGGGAGCGUGAGCGAAGGCGAAGGGAGAGGGAUCGCUCUCGUUCUCGAGAUCGGGACAGAGACAGACGCAGAAGUCGGUCACGGUCUCCUCACAGGAGACGGUCCAGGUCUCCUCCUAGACGUCAUCGCUCCUCUUCACUUUCUCCUGCGAGACAAAAAGACAGACGUGAUGAUGAUCGCAAAGACGUUAAGGAAAAGACAUCAAAGCCCAUUCAGAUUUCUGCUGAGGACAUGCAGGGCAAAACAGAAGAGGAAAUUGAGAUGAUGAAGCUGAUGGGAUUUGGUUCCUUUGAUACCACCAAGGGGAAGAAAACCACUGGAUCAGUAAAUGCAUAUGCCGUCAAUGUGACCAUGAAGAGAAAGUACAGGCAGUACAUGAACAGAAAGGGGGGAUUCAACAGACCAUUGGACUUCAUUGCCUAAAAGUGUCAACAGCUUAUUGUGACUGAGAUUUAACCUCUGUCCUCUCUUGUGGCUGGUAUUGUGCUGUUUUCCCAUUUUAUUUUUAACUUGUUUUGAUUGCUUGUUUGAUGCAACAAUUAUGUACAUACUUUUUGAACGCAUUGAUGUAAAUAGGAGUGUUUUCUCUUAGCCACAACAAUGCACUGUUGAGACCCAGUGUAGUUAUAAUUCAUUGUUUCCUUGUUCUUUCAUUAAACAAAGAGUGCAAAAUCA